AUCUAAGUUUCCAUUUACAUGAAACAAGUUAGUACGGUAACAAAAUAAAGGGACAAAACACUAAAGUACAGGUAAAUAGUAAAAGAAUUGCAGAAGAGAACUUCGAUUUGACAACAAUAUGACAUUUCAUGUCAGUCUUCGUAGUUUAUAUAAUACCAUUUCCCUCUCUCUCUCUCAAACGCCUCUUCAAAGUUCACCAAAUUGAUUAAUCUCUCUGAAGUCUCCUUCGUUCUCUUGUGAAUUUUUUUUCCCCAUAGUCAUUCUUUUUUUCACAUUUAAUUUCUUUAUUUCAAAUCAAAUCAGUCGACAUGACGUCAUGUUACCACCGCUUAACGGCCGGUCAAACGUUGCCCAACAUUCCGGUUCAACCGCCGAAGAUAAAACCAACGGCAUCCAACAUUCCCCUCAUCCCUCCUCGGCCCUGCAUGAAUCAGCGGCCGGUUAGAAUCGUCCUGCGUUUGAGAAAGUGUUGGAGAGUGGAGGCGGUGGGGCCGGUAGGAAGAUCGGAAAGUGGAGAUGGCGCGAAGAAGGCGGGACCCGGAGCAGGGCCAGGGCCAGGGCCGUGCUCGUAUUUGGUGGGGAAUCAAAGGGUGGGAGAUCGGACGGUGGAGACUGGGAGGAGAGAGAGGAACCGGGCGGUGGAGGUGGUGGUUGCAGCGGGGGUAACGGUGGUGUUAGGAGUGGGGAACCGGGUGCUGUAUAAGCUGGCUUUGGUUCCUCUCAAGCAUUACCCCUUCUUUCUGGCUCAGCUCGCCACAUUCGGGUAUGUACUUGUAUACUUUUCCAUAUUGUAUCUCCGAUAUCAUGCCGGUAUAGUUACAGAUGAGAUGCUUUCCAUGCCAAAAGCUCCAUUUCUUGCUGUUGGCCUUUUGGAGGCUCUUGCUGCUGCGACUGGAAUGGCAGCUGGAGCAAUUCUAUCUGGGGCAUCUAUUCCAAUUUUGUCUCAGACAUUUCUUGUGUGGCAAAUUCUCCUGUCCAUUAUUUUUCUUGGGAGGAGAUAUAGAGUAAAUCAACUAGUUGGAUGCUUUCUUGUAGCUGUUGGUGUAAUUAUAACUGUAGCAAGUGGAUCUGGCAGUGGUUUUUCAUUGAAGGAAGCUGGCAUAUUUUGGAGUCUAUUGAUGAUAGUUUCUUUUUUGUUGCAAGCAGCUGAUACUGUGCUGAAGGAGGUAAUCUUUUUAAACGCUGCAGAGCGAUUAGAAUGUGGUUCUGUAGAUCUAUUUGUUGUAAAUUCCUAUGGAUCUGCAUUUCAAGCAUUGUUCAUUUGCCUACUUCUACCCUUUUUAUCGAAACUUUGGGGCAUUCCAUUUAGUCAGCUUCCAAACUAUCUUAAAGAUGGUGCAGCUUGCUUCUUGAACAUUAGUGGUACCAUAUCAAGUGGAUGUGAUGGUGCACCACUACUGCCAUUGCUGUUUGUUAUUGUCAACAUGGGUUUUAACAUAUCAUUGCUGCAUCUCCUAAAGAUAUCAUCAGCUGUGGUUUCUUCACUUGCAUCUACUUUUUCAGUGCCUAUUUCAGUCUAUGUGUUCACGCUCCCGCUACCCUAUCUCGGUGUUGCAUCCUCGCUUCCAACUGGUUUUGUUGCAGGAGCAGUCGUUCUUGUUCUGGGGUUGCUAGUCUAUGCUUGGUCACCAUCUGGUUCCUCCAGUGCCUUGGCAUAACCUUCCAGCUAGAAUGUUAUAAUCAACUGCUGAUCGGCAUUAAUCAUCAUUAUUGCCAGAGCAAGCCAGGCCCUCCCCAACUGUCAGGAAUACAGUCAAAGGAGGAAGGAGAAAGUUGCUUUUGUAUGAUUAAUCUUCUUUCCCAAGUGUGCAUCAUGAUCCCUCUGUAUGCAAGUGGAGGUGAAAAAGAGGAAGCGAAAGGGUAAAUGAUUGUUGGGGAGAGAUAGAUAAGAGACAUCCUGGAUUCUAGUGAUUAGAGAAAAAUAGGAAAUCCAAGUGUAUUAAUUUAAAUAACAGAAUGAUAGUAUGAUUGUCAUCCGAAUAAAGGAGAAUGAUAGCAUUAUUGCUA